AUGUUGGGCCAUAAACUGGACAAACGGAUCGUGCCGUAUUUUGUCAAAUACAUGAUCGAAAAGCCCAAUCUUUUUUGCUGCAGGCGAUUGACAAGGCUCAGUGUAAGCUCGGGUAAAAUUUUUUGGCCAUCUCUGUGGUGAAAUGAAGAAAUGGCGAUAUAUAUUAUAUUUUUUCGGCAUCGGAAAGAAAAAUAUUAUUAUAAUAUUUUGGUUGUAGAUGAUCAACGACAGGAUGUGCGAUGUGGCAAAAUCACUGAUAAAAACGGAUACUUUGUUCUUCUCAAAUAGCAAUCAAGGAGUAUCUGUUGGAACUAGUAAGUUUAAAAAGUAAUAAAAAUAUGUAAAUUUUUUAUUUAAAAAAAAAUCUCACAACUCUUGUCAGACACUGUCAAAAAAUUUUUCGGCCCUUUUUUCAAAAUAUGCGGGUUUAAAUUUCAGAGACCGAGAGAAUCUACAUUGACAGUUAUAAUGCAUUUAAACUCAAAAUGUUGUCAUUGCACCGGCUACUCAAACACCGACAAGAACUCCAUAUUCGUAUCCAUAUCGUAGCCAACAUGCCAUGCGAAGAUGAGUUGGAGUUUUUUACGCCAGAAGUUGCGGAGGGUUGUGGCAGAAUGUUUUUAGGUAAAGUAGAUAACCUUUUAGAAUAUCGAAUAUUUAUAUGUAUAAUAUUUACUAGUAUUUUCAUAAAGUGUAUAGACAUUUUUUCUCCUUGGCACAGUCCAUGUUGGACUUUCUUUCCCACGUUUUUUUCGCACAGUGCAAACCUCAAAAAAAGUCCUUUAAGACUGUGCAAAAUAGAUGGCUUUUUGUGCACGGUGCGGACCGCGAAAAAAGUCCCCAUAAACUUUAUAUGAAAAUACUUGUGCUGUAAUAGUCACUGUCAAUAACAAAACUGCCGCUAUGAUUCAUAUAUGAUUACAAGAUUACAGAUUUCUUCCCCAAUGCCUACUUCUCCGUCGACUUUGAUGUGGAAGGAUCCCCAUUUAUCGCAAAGAAAAUUUUACCAAUGAUAGACAUUAUUGUGCCAAGGCUGAGGAAAAUGAGGUGCACUCCCUGCCAGAUGCCAUGGUUUGAAGGGAUUACCUUGGACCAUCUUGAAUUGUCCAGGAAAAAACGACGCGAAGGGUACUGUGGUCUGUGUAAGUACAUAAAAUCGAUUAUCCAAGUAAAUACUGCGUAUUUAUGCAUGUUUUCGGAUGAAUUCUGAUUGAAAACUUUUCCAGGCAUCUCACCUGUCUUCUUAAUUAACGCACGAAGAAUAACCUCUCACGAGCUGCUGGAUUUCUCAAAGUUUCUGAACGAUGAGUAAGUUCCCAUACGUUUGACAAGGCGCAUAUACGAUCGCCUUGAGAUUAUAAAUAAAUAUGAUUAUCAGAAAAUUCACAGUUGUAAUUCCAGGCUACGCGUUCAACAUAACCUUCAAGAGUUCAACUGUGCUAUUGAUCUUAGUAAAAGCGAAAUAAUAGGCCACUAUUACGAAGUCUUCGGGGCAAUUAAAGCAUCUCUGCCCAAUCUCGGACUUUUAAACUUGGUCGGUUGUGACGAUACAGUCCGAUGGAGAGAUCCCAAACGGCGGAGGGACUACGAGCACGAUUUGCAUCAUAAAUUACAGAAUGGACAGAUGUCGGAGGUAAGCAACAGCGAAUAUAUUGUCUAUAUGUGCAUGGCGAUCAUUUUUUCAACUCAAAUCUCACUUGGUAAUUGCUCCUACCACAUUGCCGGUUGUUAGAUUUGCCAUUGACGAAGACAAGAUGUUCGACAUCUUGAUGCGGGAGGCAACAAUAAACGGGCUUUAAUCACACAUUUUGGGAGAAAAACGCUUGCGCCUAUAGCUGUAUAAAUUAGUGCCAUUAAAGGGUUUAAGGUGAUUUUAAGGGGGACAGCUAACAAUAAAUCUUAUGAACAAGUUCUAUGAUAAAAAAUCUUCAUCUGAUUUUGUGACAAGCCUACUUAAAUUUCUCGUUAGAUAAGGUUAUAGUUAAUAUAGAGAGUUGACAAGAAAUUUAUUAUAUCUCGCUCACUCGCGCCAAUAACAAAACUUGCUAACCCAUGCCGUUCUUUCAGCCCUAUCAGCAAUCAAUUUCCCGUCUUUGUUGGCACAUUCAACAAAUUGUUGAGUAUUCUCACGUAAAGACAAACCUCUCGAUCCAAUUCCAAGUACGAAGUGACGAUUAUUUCAAAGCAUCGCAACUCCUUUUCAAGGAGUUGUUGGAAGACAUCCACAUUGAUUGCGAAAACGGGCACAAAGGCUUUGAUUAUCCAGGAACCAAGAAGACACUGCUCUUCAAAGGCCGAAAUACAGAAGCUAUCGUUGCUAUUGAAGUUCUGCGAUGA